AUGCAGCGCUCCCGGGCGGCCGCGGACGAGGCGGCUCUGCUCCUGGCCGGGCUGGCCCUGCGGGAGCUGGAGCCGGGCGGCGACUCUCCGGGCCGGGGUCGGCGGGGGCCGCGGCCCGGGCCGGGAGACGAGGCGGCGCAGGCGUUGGGCCGCAGAGGGCAGGGCAGCGGCGGCGGCGGCCCCGAGGCCGGGGUGGACGGACUGAGCCGCGGGGAGCGAGGCCCGCGGCGCGCGGCGGCCCCCGAGCUCAGCGCGCAGCCGGCGGGCAGCCCGCGGGCUAGCCUGGCGGGCUCCGACGGAGGCGGCGGCGGCGGCAGCGGCAGCGCCCGCUCCAGCGGAAUCAGCCUGGGCUACGACCAGCGCCACGGCAGCCCGCGCUCGGGCCGCUCGGACCCGCGCCCGGGCCCCGGGCCGCCGUCGGUGGGCAGCGCGCGCUCCAGCGUAUCCAGCCUCGGCUCCCGCGGCUCGGCCGGCGCCUACCCCGACCUGCUCCUGCCCGGCGCCGGCUCCGCGCCGGCUCGUUCCCCGGAGCCCGCUGGGCCGGCCCCUUUCGCUCUGCCUUCGCUCCAGCUGCCCCCGGGCCGGGAGGGCGCCCCGAGCUCGGCGGAGCGGCGGCUGGAGGCGCUGACCCGAGAGCUGGAGCGGGCGCUGGAGGCGCGCACGGCGCGGGACUACUUCGGUAUUUGCAUCAAGUGUGGGCUUGGAAUCUAUGGAGCGAGGCAGGCGUGCCAGGCAAUGGGGAGCCUGUAUCACACCGAUUGCUUCACCUGCAACUCCUGUGGGAGACGACUUCGCGGGAAGGCGUUCUACAAUGUGGGUGAGAAAGUGUACUGCCAGGAGGACUUCCUGUACUCCGGGUUCCAGCAAACGGCUGACAAGUGUAGCGUGUGUGGACACCUCAUCAUGGAGAUGAUCCUGCAGGCCCUUGGGAAGUCCUACCACCCGGGCUGCUUCCGGUGCUCGGUGUGCAACGAGUGCCUGGACGGGGUGCCCUUCACUGUGGACGUGGAGAAUAAUAUCUACUGUGUCCGAGAUUAUCACACGGUUUUUGCACCAAAAUGUGCCUCCUGUGCCCGUCCUAUCCUCCCUGCACAGGGCUGUGAGACAACCAUCCGUGUGGUGUCUAUGGACCGAGACUACCACGUGGAAUGCUAUCACUGUGAGGACUGCGGGCUGCAGCUGAGCGGGGAGGAUGGACGCCGCUGCUACCCCCUGGAGGGCCACCUGCUGUGCCGCCGCUGCCACCUGCGGCGCCUCCGGCCAGGCCCACUUCCCUCACCAGCUGUGCACGUCACCGAGCUCUGAGCUGGGGGCGGGUAGCCCGACCCUGGGGGCGUGUGCUUGUGUCUGCGUGCGCACGCGCGCGUGUUUUUGCUCAGGAGCGCGUGUUUUCCUGCGCACGCACGUGUUUUUGCGCGAGUAUAUUUUUUGCGCACGCGCCGUUGAUGGGUGACCCAGGUCAGUGUCGGAGCUCUGUGUUAGGGUGGGCGCGGCCGCCGGCACCCACCCCACCCCUACUCCCACCAGCCACCGAGCUGCUGUCCGAGGGGCCGGCCCCGCGGCGAAGUUACUAAUAUUUAUUCACCGUCUGUGCCUCCUCAAAAGGCUUCCUUUCUUUCGGGCCCUGGCCGCCUCCCGCCCCCACCCCAUCACCCGCCUUGUGUUUCGGGACCCCCUGUGCCCCGUGGCUUCGGGGGCAGACUCCCAGACCGGCUCUGGGUCACGGGGCUGAAGGUGGCCGUUACCUCGUGCAGGGGCGCGGGGUACGCGGCCGCCGUCCUCCGACUGGCCUCGGGGCGGGAGCCAGUUUCCCUGUGUAGAAGGGGUCUGGGACCCCCAUCAAGAAAGCUCCGGGGAGGCGGGGGUUGGCGGAGGGCACGCGUGUUUGUCUCAUAAGCGCCUGGCCCGCUGGUGAGUGGGAAGGGUUCGCUGUUUGGGAGGGCUCGUAGAAGGAGGUGAGGAAUGACACCCUUAGGGAGUGGGGCCUGCGAAGGAGCCCUCCCUUCGGCCAUUGUGGUCGCUGCGGGUUUUGGCCACCGGGAUUCCAAUGGGCGUUUUCAGCCUUCAUCUCGCCCCAUCCCUGGCUCCUCGUUUCCAGACCCUCCCGUCCUCGGCCUCGGGAAAACACCUCGUGCAGAAGUCCAGCCACAGGUCUCAGUCGAGAGAGACCGCGAGGGGGCGCCCUGCCCAUCUGUUACAGGAAAGCACUGUGUAUCAGGCUCCACAACAAAAGCAUAUGAUUUGACUUAAAUUAAGUUUUUCCUUUGAGAAUAUUUUCAUUUUCUUUAAAAGAAUAUAGUUUUCUUCUAAAAACUUGGCCCACGGUUCUUAUUUCUUAGGAAAGUUACAAGAAACUAAAAGAUGUGCAAUUUGUAUAUCAUAUAUAGCUAGUGUUCAAGUGGUAAAACAUUGUAGUUUAACUACUUUUGUAUAAAUUCCUCUAAAAUCCCAAAAUAUGUGUUUGCCUUUCAGACUUUAGGCUAGCGUGGGGUUUUGUUUAUGUCAGUGUCUUGAGAGCGGUUACCUAAUGAAAUGUGGUAUGUGGAAAUGUAGAUGUUUUUCUUUUCCUCUGAAAGACACAUCAGCAUUGUGAAGCUUCUCACUGAUGGCUUAUGUUGGAUUUGCACUUGUGGGUGGCCCCUGCGGCGAGAGACCUCCUAAUCACA